GCCGCCAACACCACCACCCGAGAUGGCCUCGCUUGGAAGCCCGCACGUGCUGAGGCGGCUUGGCGCCGGCAGGAAAGUAGGCGGACGGGCGAGCGCGUGAUGGCGGCGGCGCGAGACCCUGUCCGCCCGGGCGCGGGAGGCGUCCCCAUUGGGUGAGCCCGGCGCGCAUGCCCUCCCCCGCACAUCCGCCCAGACUCCCGUCUGCCAGCUCACAUUUGGCGCGCGGGUUUCUCUGGAGAUGUAGCGUGCUGUGAGGGCGCUGCCCUCUUCCACCUCCUCCUCCUCUCGGCAGCCCCGUCGGUCCAGAGCCUCUGUGUGGAGGCAUGGAGCAGCCCAGACCCUGCCCAGCCUCCGUGGAUGUGUUCCACACCAAUGACUCCUUCCACCACGCCAGGAACUGCAGUGGCGGCGGCGCAGAAGAAAGCGCCGCCUACCAAGAUGGCACCCCGCUCUCCUGGAAGGUGGUGCUGACCAUCAUCUUGGCUCUCAUCACCUUGGCCACCAUGCUGUCCAACGCUUUUGUCAUCGCCACCGUUUACCAGAGCCGCAAGCUCCACACGCCGGCCAACUAUCUCAUCGCUUCCUUGGCUGUCACGGACCUCCUGGUGUCCAUCCUUGUCAUGCCCAUCAGCACCAUGUACACUGUGACUGGGAAAUGGACCCUGGGCCAGAUUGUCUGCGACAUCUGGCUCUCUUCGGAUAUCACUUGUUGCACUGCUUCCAUUCUCCAUCUGUGUGUGAUUGCCCUGGACAGGUACUGGGCCAUUACGGAUGCGGUGGAGUACUCUACUAAAAGGACUCCCAAGAGGGCGGCUGUCAUGAUUGCCCUGGUGUGGGUCUUCUCCAUCUCCAUCUCGAUGCCCCCUUUGUUCUGGCGCCAGUCGAAAGCUGAAGAAGAGGUGGCUGAUUGCGUGGUGAACACGGAUCACAUCUUGUACACCGUCUACUCCACGGUGGGGGCCUUCUACUUCCCCACCUUGCUUCUGAUCAUCCUCUAUGGAAGGAUCUACGUGGAAGCCAGGUCUCGGAUUUUGAAACAGACACCAAAGAACACAGGCAAAAGGUUAACCCGAGCCCACCUAAUAACAGAUUCCCCGGGCUCAACGUCAUCAGUCACGUCCAUAAACUGCAAGGCUUCGGAGGCUUCUAGUGAAACGGGGUCUCCUGUGUACAUGAACCAAGUCAAAGUGAAGGUGUCUGAUGCACUGCUGGAAAAAAAGAAGCUGACUGCCGCCAGAGAGCGGAAAGCUACCAAGACUUUAGGGGUUAUUCUAGGAGCCUUCAUUGUGUGCUGGCUGCCCUUCUUCAUCAUCACCUUGGUGUUGCCUAUUUGUAAAGAUGCUUGCUGGUUUCACAUGGCCAUCUUUGACUUCUUCACAUGGCUGGGAUAUCUUAACUCCUUAAUCAACCCCAUCAUCUACACCAUGUCCAAUGAAGACUUCAAACAGGCAUUUCAUAAAUUGGUACGGUUUCGGUGCACAAGCUGAGUAUUGAAUGCAGUUAAGUUUAAUUCUCCAGGGCAGGAGGGCUUGAAUGCAUUUUGUAUGUCUGGUUCUGCAGGUAGGUAGAUCAUUAUUACCAUGUUACUUCGUCUCUGAAAAAAUGGUACUUUGGAUGGCAGAGUUUGGUGCAGAGGAGAACCAUGCAAGCCUAGUGUAGCUUCCCUUUCAGAGUGAAAGUAGCUUCUCUCUGAGCCUUGAUUUAAAAAUGCUGCUGCAUCUUAUUAUACUCCCAUUAACAAUUGCUGAAGGAAAGUAGUUUUGGCCUUAAAAAAAUGAUUGUUUCUCCUGGAUUAUGCCUUGUAGACCCACUGUGGUAGGAAUUGGAUUGCUUUGGGACAACUUCUUUGGAGACGCCUCCAUCCAGCGUGACUGCACUUGAACUAAAAGUUUGUCAUCUGGUCUCCUCUGCUAGGAGACCUUUGCCUCUCAGCCAUCUGUGUUUGAAAGCCUUUCGCCAAUGUUUCACUCCUCUUUUUCCCUGCUAGCUUGCUAAUUUUAAAGACUAUGCAGAGUGGACUGCAAAUGAAUUGCGCAUGCUGCUCAAAACCUUACUUGUCCUACAGAGCCAAGACCUUGAAAGAAUAGGCAUUGACAGUCUGGCGAGAACUGUCCCUGACUUGUUGAUAGUAAAUGGGUUUGAGGAACACUGGGGAAGCAAAUCAAGUUUAGGAGGAGACAGGGGGAUCAAAUAAGAACUCAGUGUGAGAAAAGCAACUCAUUCUUGUUUGUGUCUUUUCUGUUUAACAACUUGUCAGAUUGUAACCCACAAAUCAAACAGUGAGUGUGAGUGUGUGUUUUCACAUGCAUGUCUGCCUGCACAGUUGAGUGCCAAAGCCUGCAAGCUGCUUCCAUUUUUCAUUUUAGUGCUAUAUGUUCCUGACAUUUUGCAUAUUUGAAUAAGUGACUCACACACAAAUCUCUUGAUAAUAUGUGCGUUAACACAUACAGGCCGUUUAAACCUAAAUCUGCUUUUGCUCACCAACCCAGUUUUGCUGGUGUUUUAAUCCUUACAUUGACGCUGAUUAUGAAGCCAUCAUAGCUAAAAUGACACAUUAAAUCAACCAUCUUAGUUAUUUUCUGAAAAGGACUUUUGCCCACCAAAUAAAUGCACGGCAACUUUCCCUUGCACUGAUUUCACAUGCAUAUUCCUCCCAUUUCAGCUCUCCAGGUUACCAGUCCAUUAAGUAGGGUACUGUCUUCCCCUCUAAAAAGAAUAAUACUUGGAACACUCUCUAGUAAGAAAUCUUAUGUACAGUUUUCUUUUUCUUCAUCUUUUCACUCCAUUCCCUCCUCUGUGCGCCCUUUCAUAAAAACUCUGAUAAGCAGGUAGAAAUUAAUUUAACUACAGCAGCUUCUUAUUAUUAACACUGUCUGCAGUAAGACUCUAUCUUCAGCUUCAGUAUUUGGAGAACUGUAAAGUUCCCCAAUUGUCUGCCUAAUAUCUGGGUGCAAAAAGGUCAGGUUUUAUAUAGUAUUCCCUGCUUUGAAUAAGCAUUGUGCUUAGAAAAUCCAGUUACAUCUUCCUGUAUUAUAUAAUACAUGCAAGAAAGUCUUCUGGUUUUACAUGUCCCCACUUUUAAAAAUAGUAAAACCUGUUUUAAUAAGACCUUCACCAGGUGGGAGGGUCCUGAUCCCAAACCCCUUCAGAAUAAAGCCUUCUCCUCCCCAGUAGGCUUUUGUUCGGAUGUCAAAUGAAGAUUGGCAGUAACUGUCUUUUGCAGACUUGUGCAUCCGGAAAUGUUCAUUCUUAGAACUUCCAAAAUGUAAAUUCUCAGCUUUCAGUAAGGGUAAAGCAAGAGGAUAAAUAUAAAGAUGUAUGCACCCUAAAGGAGGCUUGCUAUACAUGGAAAAUCUGUACUUUACAGACUUGUACACUGUCUGUAAUACAGAGUAUACAGAUACACAUGCUAGUGCUAUUUCUUAUGAAAGAAAUGUUCUUAUGAAGUUUCUCAUGAAAAAAACCUGUUCUGUGCAUCUCUUUUCCUGUUUAUCUGUAGAAUUAAGUUGCUAUUCCAAAGACACAACAGUUCUGUUGUCUAAAGUCCUUGAUGCUGCAGAACUACCAGCACAUGUGUGUGUGUAAGUUACUAAGUUCAGCCCAAAUUUAGUGCAAUGACUUUGGAAGAGAAGCUGUUCCAGAAUUUGCUAAUAUUGGGUGCAAAAAGAGAAGCUUAGGCUAUGAACCUUAUGGUUUUUCACAAAAAGUCUUCAGAAGUUGCUGAUUUUUUUUUUUACCAUUAUGGGGAGAGUAGCCAGAAAAGCAAGGAAGUGUGUGUUCCUUAUACAGGGCAAGUCCUUUAAAAGAGGCCCCAUGGAUACAGAGUACACAUGUUCUACGGGGCCUCUUUUUAAAUACUCACCUUGUAUAUAUCAUAAAAAAUAGCUGAAUGCUAC